AUGAAGCCCGCUUUUUUGCUUCUUCCUAGCCUUGUGGGCGCCACUUGUCGGCUUCCACAGUAUCCACUUCCAAUCGAUAAAUGUCCUGGAUACAAAGCUUCGAAUGUCCAUGAAUUAGAGAACAUUCUCAUUGCGGACUUGCAACUCGCGGGGCAGCCAUGUAAUACCUACGGCCAAGACUUGAAGGAAUUGAGGCUUCGAGUCGAAUAUGAAACCGAUUCACGACUUCAUGUGAAAAUUUAUGACCCUGAUGAGGAUAUUUACCAGGUUCCGGAGGCGGUGUUUCCUCGCCCACAUCUUGAACGGGGAGACCACAAAUCUUUACUGAAGUUUUCUUACGUGGAAGCCCCUUUUUCCUUUUCUGUGUCACGAAGAGGUAAUGGCGAGGUUCUCUUCGACACAGCAGGGACCAAUCUCGUCUUUCAAUCGCAAUAUUUGAAUUUCCGUACUUCACUACCGACAAACCCAAAUCUCUAUGGCAUGGGCGAACACACCAAUCCCUUCCGUCUAAAUACCACGAACUAUACUGCAACUCUGUGGAAUCGCGAUGCAUACGGAAUCCCUCUAGGGACCAACCUGUAUGGUGACCACCCCGUCUACAUAGAUCACAGAGGUGAAUCCGGUACUCAUGGUGUAUUCCUCCUUAACUCAAACGGAAUGGAUGUCAAGGUCAACAGAACUGAGAAGGGUGGCCAAUAUCUAGAAUAUAAUUCUUUAGGUGGGAUCAUUGACCUUUACUUCUUCGCGGGGCCGACCCCCAAAGAAGUCGCGUCUCAAUACGCUCAGGUGGUGGGAUUGCCGACCAUGAUGCCGUACUGGGGAUUCGGGUUUCAUCAAUGCCGCUAUGGGUAUCGGGAUAUUUUUGAUGUCGCCGAGGUGGUCUACAACUACAGCCAAGCGAAUAUUCCCCUUGAGACAAUGUGGACAGACAUUGACUAUAUGGAUCGUCGGAAGGUUUUUACCCUAGAUCCCAAGCGGUUUCCGAUAAAGAAAGUUCGGGAACUCGUGGACUACUUACACGAGCGUGACCAACAUUAUAUUGUAAUGGUUGAUCCGGCCGUGGCCUAUUCUGAUAAUGGGGCAUUCAACAGGGGUGCUGAGCAGGGUAUCUUUUUGAAAAAAGCUGAUGGUUCAAUAUACAAAGGUGUCGUAUGGCCUGGUGUGACGGCUUUCCCUGACUGGUUCCAUCCAAACACGGAAAACUACUGGGUGAACGAAUUUGCCCAAUUUUUCGACGAGCAAACAGGUGUAGAUAUUGACGGCUUAUGGAUUGACAUGAAUGAGCCUGCGAAUUUCUGUUCCUAUCCUUGUGAGGAUCCAGAAAAGUUCGCCAUAGAUAACAAGUUCCCUCCUGAACCGCCUACGGUGCGACCGAAUCCGCGACCCAUUCCAGGACUUCCAUCAACCUUCCAGCCACUCCAUAGUGAUGCCAAGAGAGCCGGUGAACACGGCCAUAAAAUGGGCCUGCCAAACCGCAUGCUGAUAGACCCGCCGUAUAAGAUCAAUAAUCAAGUAGGGUCUAUCAGCAACAAAACGGUGGACACCGAUAUAGUCCAUGCAAAUGGAUGGGUUGAGUACGAUGUACAUAACAUUUUCGGAAGCAGUAAGCCUUUCUUUUCAAGCCAUCUAUCCGAUUUACAACCUUUUGGAUCGGCGAUUAACUACCAUUGCAGUGAUGAGCCGGGUAUCUCGGACUGCAAUGCUCAGGAGACGACCGUCCGUGAGGCCGUUGCUUUUGUCAGCAUUUCUGACAAAAAUUUUGAGAACAGGCUCGGCGAUAAUCUGAGUACCUGGGAAAAGUACAGGACAUCAAUUGGGCAGAUGCUUGCUUUUGCAUCCAUCUUCCAAAUACCGAUGACGGGGAGUGAUGUUUGUGGCUUUGGAGGUAAUACAACUGAGCAACUUUGCUCCAGAUGGGCGAUGCUUGGUGCAUUCAGCCCGUUCUACCGCAACCAUAACGGCAUCGACUCUGAAUCCCAAGAAUUCUACCGAUGGAAAUUGGUCGCAGAAGCCGCACGGAAAGCGAUCGAAAUCAGAUACAAGCUGCUCGACUACAUUUACACGGCAUUCAACCGGCAGGCAAGGACCGGUGAACCUCUCCUUAAUCCGCUAUUCUACCUUUAUCCUAAGGACCCAAAUACCUUCGCGAUCGACCUUCAAUUUUUCUACGGAGACGCCAUCCUAGUAAGCCCGGUGACGGAAGAGAAUUACACGAGCGUAGACAUCUAUCUGCCAGACGAUAUCUUCUAUGAUUACUACACUGGCAAACCGGUCCGCGGCGAAGGCAAAUCCGUCACUCUCAACGAUGUUGAUUUCACCCACAUCCCUCUCCAUAUCCGCGGUGGAAACAUCGUCCCGCUCAGAGCUAAUAGUGCCAACACAACUAAAACCCUCCGUGAGCAACCCUUUAACAUCAUCAUUGCGCCGGGUCUUGAUGGCGAUGCUACUGGAAGCCUAUACCUUGACGAUGGUGAAUCUCUAGAACAGAAGCAUACAAUGGAGAUCAAAUUUUCGUAUAACAAAGGGCAAUUCAAAAUGGAGGGCAAGUUCGACCCCAAAGCCAUUGGCCAGUUGAAAAUUGCGUCUAUCUCCGUGCUUGGUCAUGACGGGAAGGCAGCCGAAUUUACCAUGGAGGGUGGUGGGGGCUCUCGGUACGAAUAUAAUGCCGAAACUGAGGUAUUUUCCACGAGGGUUGACUGGCCGUUGACGGGGCCGGCGCAAUUGAAGCUUUCGUGA